AUGUUUUGGAUAAGGGAAGAAGGACAAUCGGUGACAGAUGAAAAGAACGCCACGAGAGUAACCACUCAACAAGUAGUGUCAGAUAAUGACAUCAAAUCUACCGAAGUGUCUGGAGGACGGGUAGAGCACUAUCCUGUGAUUCCACAUUGGUCAGUGCUUAAGUGGUUACGACAUUUCGACUGCCAUUGUUGUCACUCAGUAUCGUCACAGAAUUCCCCGAAACACCGGAUGAUAAUGACACAAAGAAUACCGGUAAGCGGAAAUCAUACGAUGACUUCCAGGCAAAGGAAGAAUAACAAGGUUGUACCACUUGACCCCAAGAUUUGCGAGCGUCAUUUGGAAUUGGAGCCAUUGUGUUGCUCGUCUUCUUGUCUUAUUCGCUGCGGCUGUACAGCCAUUGCUAUCUUCGAAUACAUUUAUGUCCUCGCUACACUUACUGCAAUUAUUCUACGUUUUCACAGCGGUGGACUUUCUCAGUUGUGGCCACCACUCAAAAUAUCCUACAACUCAGUUGCAACACACACCAUACUGCUCUACAUUAUGUUGGCUUAUGACCUGGUAAUCGUGAUGAUCGCCACUGGUCUUCUUCGUGCGCUGUUAACUUUUGAUAAGCAAAUCGUCCGAAUGCAUUUAUGCUUUGAUUACUUUGCAUUAGCAUUCAACGUGAUCACAUUGGUACUAUUCCUUCCGGCCUUAUUCUUACCAAAUUCUGAAGGUCGCAAUUUCGCUAAUAUAUUACUGACUGUGUGCUUUCUGACUCAAAUACCACUGCAGAUAUGGGCCAUAACGGUGUUGCGUUCAUGUCUGGAAUUCUUCGUUUUGGUGCAUGUAUUGGUUGAAUUGGCGGAGAGAUGA